AUGUUCUACAACAGAUAUGUACCACCGCCAAAGGCAGGUGCACCUAAAGUUGAGCCACCCGCUCCCGCCUCGCCAUCGCCAUCUUCCGCUGUUCAGUCUACUGCCAUAAGUCAGCCUCGGAAGAUUGUCUUCGAUGAUCAUGACCAGCUUCCAAAUAUUACUGGCCCGACAAAAAAGGCCAAGUCGGCAGACGCCGAGACCGGGGAAAAUGGGGACGAACCGAGGAGGAAGAGGGCAAAGAUAGAGCCCCCAUCGCCUCAAGACACCCGGGAAAAGAAAAAGUCCAGAAAGUCAAAAUCUGCCCCUGAUGCACCGAAUCCAGCAGGGUCGAAUUUGGACGACGUCGCAAAAAAGGCACCUCAGAGUGCGGCGCAAACAGAAGCCACUGCCGCACCUCUCAAGUCUGCGAUGAAGACAUCAAAAUCUAAUGCUGGUCUUGAUCAAAGUGGAACACUUCCCACCAACACUGAGUCGACCGUCGCGCUCGGCUCAGCAACCCCGGAAGAGAAGAGGAAAAAGAAAAAAAGGUCCAAGGGAGAUGUUGAGAUGAAGGAUGCCGAUGAUGAGCGUGCGCUGGAUCAGCCAGUUGAUGAAGAUGCGGCGGCGGGGAGGCAUAAAUCCAUUCUCAAGAAGAAGGAUAUGUCUUUAAAGAAAGCUUCAAAAUUGCCGACAGAGACCCAGGAAGAUGGCGACCCUACCACUGAAGACCUUCCGACCCAACCUCUAGCCCAACUGCAACUAGACCAAGAAGCAGCCGAGGUUCAUGGUCUUGAGCCUCUUCCCCAGCCAGCCCCUGCAGUGGCUAACCAAGUUGAAUUGACUUAUGACACGCUGCCGUUGUGGCUGCAAAAUCCUUUAUACGUCUCAUCGGGGACCCAAGCCGAAUGGACGAGCCUGGGUCUAAGGCCAGAACUGGGCAUCUCCCCAGAGAUUGCCAGCCAGCUAGCCUCGAAGGGAUAUCCUGAGGCCUUUGCUGUCCAGACCGCAGUGAUCCCCAGACUACUGCCAAGCCCAGCCAGGCAGGGCGACCUUGUAAUCUCUGCAGCUACCGGGUCGGGCAAAACGUUGGCUUAUGUUCUCCCCAUGAUACGAGACAUCAGUUUGGGGGCAGUGACAAAGCUCAGGGCUCUGAUCGUCGUGCCCACGCGUGAACUGGUGCAGCAGGUCCAUGAAGUCUGUAACAUUUGCGCCGCUGCCUAUGCCCGCCAGCCUAAUCGAAAGACUGUCAGGAUUGGCACCGCCGUCGGAAACCAGGCCUUCAAGAAGGAGCAAGAGAAACUUGUGGAUCAAGACCGACGGUAUGAUCCAGAGGGCUAUGCACGUUUGGUUGAAUCGCGCCAGUGGGAGAAUGUCAGGAAACGGGAUGUUGAAGAUGCAACAUUUGAUUUGUUCGAAUUGGCAGAGACGCCUUUGCCUCUUGUCAAUCAUGUCGAUCAUCUUGUCUCCAAAGUUGACAUACUCAUCUGCACCCCGGGCAGGCUGGUAGAACAUAUUGAACGCACCCCUGGCUUCAACCUCGAUUAUGUGCGCUGGUUGGUAGUCGACGAGGCAGACAAGCUGCUAGAGCAGAGCUACCAGCAAUGGCUUGAUGUUGUCAUGGAGAAAUUAUCAACGAAUAAGCCGGGCUGCAGGGACUUCAUGUUUCAAAACAAGUCCGGUGUCCGCAAGGUCAUUCUCAGUGCUACAAUGACACGCAAUGUCAGUCUGCUCAACAAGUUGAACCUGCGGCAGCCCGAGAUGAUUGUUCUUGAGAGUGUUACUGCUGUAUCAACAUCAGCCUCCGGUCCUACAGCAGAUAUGAAUGGCGUCUCUGUAGAGACAUCGUCAUACGAGCUUGCACUGCCUAACCAACUUCUCGAGUUCGCGAUCAAGGUUCGCGACCCUGAACAGAAACCCAUGUAUCUGGUUGAUCUGUUGAGCAGCGAUCACGUUCGGUCGAGGUCAGCAACGAGCAAGGAAGUCGUCAUGAAUGAUAACGGAUCCGACACGUCGUCCUCGGACGACUCUGAUACGUCAUCAUCUGACAGCUCCGACUCCGACUUUGACAGCGAUUCCGACUCUGAGGCCGAGGCCGAAAACAAAAUUGUCGCUUCCAAGCCCACUGGCAAAGACUCCACGAUUGAUAGCGUUCUGAUCUUUACAAAGUCGAACGAGUCAGCUUUGCGGUUAUCACGUCUUCUGGAGAUAAUGGCCCCCCGUCAAGUGGCGUCCCGUAUCGGCACGCUCACGUCGACUACCCGCACCUCGGAAAGGAAAAAGGUCAUCAACCAGUACAAGUCCGGCAAGCUGCGCAUACUUGUGGCUUCGGACCUCGUCGCUCGUGGUUUGGAUCUCCCCAACCUCGACCAUGUAGUCAACUACGACAUGCCACCGAGCGUGAGAUCAUACGUUCACCGCGUGGGCCGUACCGCCCGCGCUGGUAGGGCCGGUCGUGCGUGGACAUUCUUCACCAAGACCGAGGCCGGUUGGUUCUUUGCAGAGAUUGCAUCAUCCAAGAGCAAACCAGGUGUGCCGGCAGGCGGCAGGGAUGAGGACCACGUAGCCAUUCACAGGUCAAACAAGGUGGAGACGGUCAAGGUCUCUGCGAGGAGGACAGAGGAAGAUUUAAAGAAGGGACCACCGGGAGACUUUGGCGAGGCCAGGAUAGCCGAGUACGAGCAGGCCCUCGAGGCCCUUGGGAAAGAAGCUCGGGGACAGUAG